GAGAAAAUUAACUUGCAUUUCUGAUUUCAGUAAAAAAUCCCAGAAGUGGGAUGAAAUGAACAUCAUAGCUACAUACCAUCCAGCAGGCAAAGAUUAUGGCUUGAUGAAAAUAGAUGAGCCAAGUACUCCUUAUCACAGUAUGGUAGGAGAAGAUGAUGAGGAUGCAGUGAGUGAUACAGAAUCAAGUGAGCCCUUAAAAGCAGAUGUGUUGAGUAAAAAACUAGCAGCUGCAGCUGAAGGUAAGGGACCUAAGAUCCUAGCAAGACAGGAGGAAAGCAGCGAGGAGGAGGAUGAGGAUGAAGAAUUAACACCUGAAGAACGAGAAAAGAAGAAACAAUUUGAAAUGAAGAGAAAGAUGCACUACAAUGAAGGGCGAAAUAUCAAACUGGCAAGGCAGCUCAUUGCAAAAGAACUACAUGGUGAGGAUGAUGAGGAUGAGGACGAAGAGAUGCGUGAUGAUGCAGAUGUAGAAACAAUGAAUACAGAAGCAACUGAACAUGACUGAGAUUUCUUGCUGCUUGAAAUGAAGAUGACCAGCCCAGUCAGUAAUGCACAUGCUACUAGUGACCAGCUGGGAAGUAGAGCACACAGCAUAGAAGAAAUCUGUCCUGAACUGUAACUGCUUGUCAAAGACAAAUAUAAGCACUGCUUCAUGAUUUUUGCAAUUAUGGCUCUUAAAUAUCAAGAAGCAUAUCAGUUACAAUGUUGUAUUGCCAAGAAUGUUAAUUUUAGACUUGUCCAUUAGGCAGAAAAAAAAAUCUGCCUAAUUGAUUUUUCUUGUGCCUAGUAUUUCAUGGAGAAUACUGCGUCAUAAUCUGUUCAACCAGAAUGGCAUUCCCUGUAUGUGUAACGCUGAUUAUCUUGCGUCAUGUACUGUUCCUCUUCAUGCUUUGAAACACAGACAGUAUCCUUGUGUUUUUUCACUAUUUAUUUGACAGUGCUCUAGGUGUGGUGCCUCCUAUGAAAGGGUUUGGAAUUUAAGAGCCAAACGGUACAGCAUACAUUGGAUUGACAUGCAAGCUAUUUAUCAGAUGUGUUAAGCAGUUUAAAAAGGGAUUAUUUAAGUUUUACAACUUUUUUUUUGUAGAAUUUUGACCUGUUAAUCUAAAUUUCAGUAUGUUAUUACCUGUAUUUUCCCAGUCUCUAGAAGAAGAGUUUUAUUAUUUUUAAGAGCUGUGUUUGGAAUCAAUUACUAGUUUCUGACUAAGGCAGUACUAACUUCUGGUGGAAGGAUGUUUUUACACUGGAAAUGCGCUGACUUGAACCUUGCAUUUAACUGUCAUCUAUCUUUUCCAUUGGGACUGGCUUGUUUUGCAGCUCUCUUGAUUUGUCUUGAGAAUAUGGAAGUUCCCCCCCCAUUUUUUCUUUCUCAAACCACAUCAAGUGUCACUCUUCCUGCUCUCGUCUCAAACUUUUGGACUUUUCCAGUUGCAUG